GCUGGGAUUUGGUGUGUGUGUGGGAAGGUCUUUUAUUGGCCUAAUUUCCUCCCUCCUAGUCGUCCCCCCCGCUUUCCUGCCACACUCCACCCAGAAUUGAGCUAGUGUAACUAGGAGGUGAUUCUCCUGCUCCCUCCUGCUGCUGUUCUGUAGGGGCUGCAGGGAUCUCCUCUCUGCCCAGAUUUGAGGCAGGGCUUGAGGCAAGGAGGAGAUUAUUUGAUCGAGGGAGGGGAAUUUUUUGAAGGGGCUUAGCUAUAUCUAUAGUAUUUUGCGAGGGGGGAGGGAGUGUUUGGUUACUGACCAUGGGGAAGGACCAGGAACUGCUGGAAGCUGCUCGCACUGGGAAUGUGGCUCUCGUGGAAAAACUCCUGUCGGGGAGGAAAGGAGGGAUCCUGGGCAGUGGAUCUGGAGCUAUUCCCCUAUCCAGCUUACUGAGCAUCUGGCGAGGCCCAAAUAUAAACUGCACAGACAGUUCGGGUUACACUGCUUUACACCAUGCAGCUUUAAAUGGACACAAGGAUAUAGUUCUCAAAUUACUUCAGUAUGAAGCAUCAACUAAUGUGGCAGAUAACAAAGGUUAUUUUCCUAUACACUUGGCUGCUUGGAAAGGAGAUGUAGAUAUUGUGAAGAUUCUCAUCCAUCAUGGGCCAUCACACUCCAGAGUGAAUGAACAGAACAAUGAAAAUGAAACGGCUUUGCACUGUGCAGCUCAAUAUGGACAUUCAGAAGUAGUUGCUGUUUUACUGGAAGAACUAACAGACCCUACAAUAAGAAACAAUAAAUUAGAAACUCCUUUGGAUCUGGCAGCACUAUAUGGGCGUCUGCAGGUAGUGAAGAUGAUCAUCAGUGCAUAUCCAAACCUGAUGAGCUGCAAUACUAGGAAACACACACCUUUGCAUCUUGCUGCACGUAAUGGCCACAAAGCUGUUGUACAGGUGCUACUAGAGGCUGGAAUGGAUGUCAGCUGCCAAACAGAAAAGGGGAGUGCACUUCAUGAAGCAGCCUUAUUUGGAAAGGUGGAUGUAGUACGCAUUUUGCUAGAAACAGGAAUUGAUGCCAACAUAAAGGACAGUUUAGGUAGAACUGUUUUAGAUAUCCUUAAAGAACAUCCAUCUCAGCAGUCACUACAAAUUGCUACGCUACUUCAAGAGUACAUAAAAACAGGAAAUGCAACCAUUUUGGAGGAACCUGCACAGGAAUGCCUAGUGCCAGAACAUCAGUCUUGCAUUUUAUCCCCAGAAGUUUCUCCAUCUCAAACGACUAAACGUGAAGCUGUGACUGGAGAGUUAUCAAAGCUCUUAGAUGAAAUCAAACUGUGCCAAGAAAAAGAAUAUUCUUUUGAAGAUCUGUGUCAUACAAUAUCUGACCACUAUCUGGACAAUUUUAGUAAGAUAUCAGAAGAAGAAUUUAUGAGCAAUGGAAUCCAAACUAAACUUAUAAGGCCUUCAUCAGCAAACCUCUCACCAGGGGAGGAGGAAGAGGAAGAUGUCCGGGAAAACAGUUGUGGUCCUGCAGGUUUAUGGGAGGCACUGACACCCUGCAAUGGAUGUAGGAACCUUGGAUUCCCCAUUCUUGCACAGGAGUCUUACCGAAAGAAAAGGAGCUAUACACUGGAAGUAGUACCUUCUGGUUCUCUUGAUGCUCAUCCUUCAGAAAAUGAAAACAACCUUUGUGAUUUCAUGGACAUAGCAGUUACGAAGAAACCUUGUUCGUUAGAAAUAGCAAGAGUACCUUCCUCAAGAACAGCGGUACAGCUUCAACAGGAGAGCUGGAGGGAGCCCCACACCCCAGAUAAUGCACCUCAGGUAGCAAUUACUGCACCAGGAACUGGUAACCAUAGAAACAGCUCUACAGGCCCAACACCUGACUGCUCUCCUCCAUCACCAGACACUGCACUUAAAAAUAUAGUAAAAGUUAUACGCCCUCAGCCCAAACAGAGAACAUCAAUAGUAUCUUCUCUGGAAUUUCACCGACUAAAUCACAGCCACGAUUAUUUUGAAAUCAACUCAUCCAUUGGAUAUGCAAGCUUUACUUCCAGUCCUUCAGUCAGUCCAGCUAAUUUUUCCAUUGGAUCAAUUGAAGAGAAUGAACUUUUAGAGAAUCUUUGUCAGCAAGAAACAUCCACUGAAAACAAGCUUCCCAAAGGAUACCCUGCUGAGCAAUUUGCUGGUCUACUUCAUGGGUCGUCACCUGCGUGUGACCCACCUGAAAAUCCACUUCAACUAUAUAGUAAAGCAAACCAUUGCAGCGAUCUACUGGAAAGCAGUUUAAACAAGAACACAGUACAACAGCAGGAAAACAGCCCUGAUCCUCCAGCUAAGAAAAAAAAACCACAAGUUGUAAACAGAACCAUAUUUCAUACUAAAAUUAAUCCAUUAGAAAAUCACACAUUGGUUGGCACAAAAACAAGAAUAGGCGAGCAAUGGGUUAUUACUGCUGGGGGAUUUGUGGAGCGAGCGUGCACACUUGGGAGGAUUCGAUCUUUGCCAAAGACGUUGCUUGAAAUGCAUUUAUCCAAAAAUGUUUCAAAGUCUGACUCUAAUCUCAUCUCCUAUCCACCUAAUGGGAAAAAAGCAGGAAGCAGCUGGAGUGAACCCACGCCAAGCCAACAAAAUUCUAAAGGAAAUUCUGAAAGAACACCAUCCUUCACUUCAGAAUGGGAAGAAAUUGAUAAAAUAAUGAGUUCCAUAGAUGCUGGAAUUAACACCGGGCUAGAGGAGAUGAAUGAUGAUACUGCAGGACCCAGAUGCCCUGUCCAGACAGUGGGACAAUGGUUGGAAAAUAUUGGGCUACCUCAGUAUGAGAACCACUUGCUGGCUAAUGGAUUUGACAAUGUGCAAUUUAUGGGAAGCAAUGUAAUGGAGGAUCAGGAUCUGUUGGAAAUAGGAAUUCUUAACUCUGGACACAGGCAAAGAAUUCUACAGGCAAUCCAGCUCCUUCCAAAGAUGAAGCAGAUUGGUAAUGAUGGCUACAACCCCACCUCUGUGGCAGAGUGGCUGGACUCCAUUGAACUGGGUGACUAUACCAAAUCCUUUCUCAUUAAUGGCUAUACAUCGAUGGACCUUGUGAAAAAAAUCUGGGAGAGCGAAUUAGUUAAUGUUUUAAAAAUCAGCUUGGUUGGCCACAGGAAACGUAUUUUGGCAUCUCUGGGAGAUAGGCUUCACGAAGACCCUCCUCAGAAACCACCAAGGUCAAUAACCCUCAGGGAACCCAGCGGUAACCAUACUCCUCCUCAGUUGUCUCCCUCACUUAGCCAAAGCACUUACACUACCGGUGGCUCCCUAGACGUUCCUCACAUUAUCAUGCAGGGGGAUGCGAGGAGAAGAAGAAAUGAAAACUAUUUUGAAGAUAUUCCCCGGUCAAAACUGGAGAGGCAGAUGGCACAGACAGGAGACUGGGGAGAACCUUCAAUUACCUUACGACCGCCUAACGAAGCGACAGCAUCAACUCCAGUACAGUACUGGCAACAUCACCCAGAGAAACUCAUCUUCCAGUCAUGUGAUUAUAAAGCAUUUUAUUUAGGUUCUAUGCUGGUAAAAGAGCUUAGAGGCACAGAAUCAACACAGGAUGCCUGUGCAAAGAUGAGGAAGUCUACAGAGCAAAUGAAGAAAGUCCCUACUAUUGUUCUAUCAGUCUCUUACAAGGGAGUCAAAUUUAUUGAUGCAACAAAUAAGAAUAUUAUUGCUGAACAUGAAAUCCGCAACAUUUCCUGUGCUGCACAAGACCCUGAAGACCUCUCGACGUUUGCAUACAUCACUAAAGACUUGAAGACUAAUCACCACUACUGCCAUGUAUUUACUGCAUUUGAUGUGAAUUUAGCCUAUGAAAUAAUUCUAACACUUGGACAGGCAUUCGAGGUAGCCUACCAGCUCGCACUACAAGCACGAAAAGGAGGCCAUUCUUCAACCCUCCCAGAAAGCUUUGAAAAUAAACCCACCAAACCAAUUCCAAAACCACGUGUUAGUAUUCGAAAGUCUGUGCAGAUAGAUCCAUCUGAACAAAAGACUCUUGCCAAUCUACCAUGGAUUGUAGAACCUGGACAAGAAGCCAAAAGAGGAAUUAAUACCAAGUAUGAAACUACAAUUUUCUGAUACAAAACAGUCCUCUGGUUCUUGUUGUGCCUUGCACUCCAAGUAGUCACAGCACAGCCUUUCCUUUACGGCAACAUUUCAAUCCAGUAGAGAGGAAGACUGCACUGUAAGAGUGGCCUUGUAACUAACUAAAAAAGGCUGGUAAUUAUUUCUUCCUGCAGCACUGACAGGAGAAUGACACUAUGUGAAGACUUUUAAAUUACAGUCUGCAAGGAGAGUGAGGAAAUAUUUUUCAAGCAGUCCUCUUGUGACUCCGCCACAGUGCUUUCUUUGAUUUCUUAUUUUAGGAUUCUACUUUUUAAAAAGUUCUCUAAACUAACAUUAAUGCUGCCUAUGAGUAUGGCAUUUGGUUGGUUAUUUAAAUCCUGGCCGGUUUUAAUUGAAAUAGAAUUAUUAAAUACAAUAUUUGUGAAACCCCUGAACUCCUAAGAAUUAAUUACUCUUUAUUGUAUUAAAAAUAAUAAUAAAAUAACAAGAAAUUAGUUACCCCAAUUUCUGUAUGUGCUGGUUUUAUAUGUAAUCAUUAUUGUCCUUUGAUCCUCUUAAAAAAAUAACCUAUCACAGUGUGACAAAGGAUGAGAAUUUUAUGAUUAGUUAAAAAGAGGAAUGAAUAAUGCACAGAAAAUGUGUCUUGUAUUAGAUAUUUUUAUGGAAAAGAAUACUAUGGGAGAACAUAAAUAUUUCUGUAGGAGAUGAAGUCAGAUUAACUAGGAAAGAUUUUGUUUAUUUUAAAGUUGACUAAACAAUUGCUACUGUACCUUUAGCAAAAUAUCAAUGGUGGAUGCACUAGGUGGUUCAUCUGAUGGGAGUAGAAUCGAAGCAGACUAGUCAUUGCAGUACACAUACAACAAUUUACACAGUUUGUUGUUGCUUUAGUCAUGAAUUCUACUAGUAUUUUUUAAAAUCUCAACAGCGGUUCUAGAGAACAUAAUCAAAACUACAGAUUUUGCUAUCAAGGUUUCUGUCAAAGAAAGCUUGUUUGAAAGAAGAAGUUCUAUUCCAGACAUUUUUCUAAAUAAAAAAAAGAAAGAGAAAAAAAUUCCAAAGUAAUAAAACUGUUUUCAUGAAACAAAAAUGGUUAAGCAUUUGCUUGAUGAAAUGAAAUUUACUUACAUUUUCUUUCAAGUGUUUUAAUUUUUUUAAUGUCUGUGGAGUAUUUGUAUAAUACCAUAAUGUAUAUUUCUGUAGAACUGAAUUAUAACGGUGCAAAUAUCAUUAUAGGAGAAAAAUUACAUUUUAAUGUAUAUCGUUCUAUCCAGUCAAAUUGUGAAUCAUUUUGAAGUUCAUUAUAGAGAUAUUGAUAAAUUGUGCGGUUGUCUUAAUGUUUUUUUAUUAUUAUUAUUUCAUAUCUAACUGAGCUUUUCCAUUACAAUCAUCAAUUGGUGAAUUCCAAAAAUGGAUAACUGGACUUGGUUUAAAAUUGAUAAUUGUAUAUGGUUUAAUUAAGCCUAUAGCUCUGAGUCAUGAAAACCUUUUAAUACAGUAUUCAAUUUACUUGAACAAAUAGUUCCUUGUACAUAUUUUGCUUAUUCACUGUUGAUAUGUAUGUAGUAAAUUGACAGUAAAAAUAACUGAAAAAUAUGGUACCAAAAGGAAAAUUGUAUAGGAACGAAGUAAAUAAUAGCCUCACUGCAACAAAUAUAUGUAAAUAUGCUUGGGCUUCCAGUUAUAAAUUUUGUAAUUUUGUCAUUUUAUUUAUAUCCUAUAAAAGCACACAAAAUAAAAUGAAGUUGUACAGUCA